AUGGAGGAGCUGGAUUUUUUCGAGAACCCGGACGAGUUUCCACCAGGACGUGGUCGCUAUCGCCUGGUACAUGUAAAAUGUACUGGAAGGCGUGCAUACACUAACGAUGCCUUGGUGAAGCUUUAUGCCAAGCUCGGCCUUCAUCGCUACAACUGGCUAGAGGGGACAAACUUUGAAGUAGAUAGCUUGAUGAAAUUCAACAUGGGUAGUGCUGCAUCUCCUUACUACAUGACCUUGGUUGCGCGCCUUCCAUCUAGCGGGACCAAGAGUUCAAAGAAAGAGUCAACUCCUUUCUUACGUCCACAUUCCGAGCCAGUGUCUACAAACUACCAAGACAGAUUGGAUAAUUGGGCCUUGUCAAUAAUUCCAUGGCCCUUCUCUGAGAUUGGUUUCAGUGACACAAAGCGUUUUUACAUGUUGAAUGAAUCUGAGUUGCAAUGUGAUUGGAUAUCGUUGUAUGUGGAACUUGCAAUCUGUACUUCCCAUAGGUGGUUUAAAGCUAAGGAUCUCUCCAACUUUGAGUUGGAGAUUGUCCAAGUGGCCAUAGAAUCUCUUGAUGAUAAGGAGCCCCCAAGUCUCAAUUCUAAAGCCGCUGUCAUCUACAUAGCAUACAAGGACUUGGCCAAGGCUAGGACUGGUGAGCCUUAUCACUACCAAGCUGUGGUGAGAAGAGUCAUCAACCAGGCUACGGGAACACUGAGCAUCCAAGGUGAUUGCUGGAUUUCAGAAGCAGCAGCAACGGCUUCGGCGGCUGAAAGCUUAAGCUUAGGGGUCGCUUAG